AUGUCUACUCUAGAGAUCCCACAAUCUGGACUGGCUCUCCGUCAAGGAGACCAGUCCGGAGAUCCUUCCAAGCCGAGUCAGAUCUUGCGGCUAAACCUGGUGCAGAGCACCCUCGAUGAUCUGAUUCAGAGCCUCCGGAAGGAUCAACCGGUCCGAGUCCGCCUAGGAAAGCACCCUUCAAUUCACUAUGGGGGCAAAUCCCAAUCCUUCCAUGCGUAUCCCGAAACCCACCGAUCCGAGAUCUACCAAAGCUCCGACGAUAAACAAACCUUGUACUUCACGGGCCUCUUGAGCCAUAGUCUGGAGGUGGAAAAGGCGAAAAGUGCUACGGCGGCUACGGACCAGGCCCUAGCCAAUCUGGAGGAAAGUCUGAAUGCAUUUGAGCGAGGAAAGGAGUCAAAAAAGACGCACAUUAUCUCUCACCCUGAUGAGCUGAAAGGGUUUCGGGGUUCCAAGUCAGGCCUCAAAGCUCCAACCAGCAAAGUCGAGCUGGAGAAAGAUCGAUUCCUCAAAGCUGCCCGCUCUUCGGCUUCUGCCAGUCCCACCUUCCCUCCCAAAUCACCCUCACUUGCAAUGGCUCCUACCUCAGCUCCGAUGUCGCAAGCCAAGGAUAACCCAAGGCUGGCUGCUCUCAAGAAGCCUUUGAUCCAUAUCCUGGCUAUUCGGGCUGUUUCAAUCCGCUAUCUCGCUCAGACAACUCGCUCCCACCCCGAAGACUGCACCGUUCUCGCCGAAAAGUACGGUCUCCAGCACCGCAUUGACACGAACAAGUACCAUCUCAGAGACAAGCUUUACAAGGAUCUCGACGUUUGGGACUUCAGGUUUCCUAGUGAGGACGACCGCAAAGCUGCCAUUGACAACUGCAUUGGCGCCUUCGAUCGCAUGCGCCUCGAGCGGAGUGAUCCCGCCUGGCAGAUGAUUUUGCCCAAGGACGAACGCGGAAAGGGCACCUGCCUUUCUCGUCUAAAGCUCCGGACCGCUCCUACCAAGGCGGAGACACCCAAACCAGACAAGAAGGACCCUUCCAAGGCCGAGAAGAAGGAGCCCGCAAAAGCAGCUGCGACCCAGAAGCCCCGGUCCGCGGACAAGCGGCCCAAGGCUAAGGCAGCCAACAACACUACCCUCACUGGUCGUGUGACCAAGAAGACCGUUGCGAAGCCUGCCGCCAAGGUUGACAGCAAGAUAAAGUCUGCCGAGUUUGUCAACAGCUCUGAUGACGAUGAUGAGGAUGUGGCCAUGUCUGAUGCUCCCGCUUCCGCCCCCAAGAAGCCGCAGGGACAUCAGCGAACCCCCUCCGCCACGAAGCCCCCUCCCAAGCCCGCACCGAGGCCUCGUGCUGCCGAGACUCCAGCUGCUUCCAAGGUCCCGAAGGCCGAGACCCCCAAGACCGAGGCUCCGAAACCCAAGCUUGAGCCAACCAAGUCAGCCACUCAGGUUGCAGCUGCAGCUUCCAAGCGCCCUCCAUCUCGUCCUUCCACCUCACCCCAAAAGCCGUCUCCUCUCGGAUCAUCUCCCCCUGCUAAUGCAUCUGAUACUACUGGCCGCAACCGCUCCGACAGCCAAAACCAGUCCUCCUCCGGAUCCUCCUCAUCUUCGCCUCUGAUUGCCCAGUCUCGCAACAAGGUCGCUCGUCCUGCUCCUGUCGCCACCAAGUCUGCUCAGACCAACGGUGUCAAAAAUGUGCCAGCCGCCAAUCCCUUGAAACGCAAGGCGGAGUCUGACCGACUGUCCGCUCCGCGCGCUACUGCCGGACGUCCCACCGGAGACCUGGAAGCCAAGCGUCGUCGCGCAGCCAGCCCAUCAAGUGGUGGCAGCACCGGCAGCGCAUCUCCACCUAUGAGCUACGAGCUUCUGCGUCAGCAGCUACGCGAGAAAUCCCAGAUGUUCAAGCAGUACUACACCAAGUAUCGCUCCUUGCAUGACUCACUAGCGGCCCUUGCCGACCCCGCGCCAGCUGACCUGGAGCGUCUGCAACGUCAGCAUAAUCGCUUGCGUCGCAUGAAAAAAGAGAUUUGGGAUGAAGAUCGGCAGCUACAUGACGGUCUCCGCCCUUGA